GCAGCUAACGAGCGAAGGGCGCGGACAGCCUGAUUUCCCGAGUGUGGAGCCAUCCGCGAGGAAAUUCGUCCGGUGGCCAGGCGGGAGGACUCACCCUUUCUUUUCUUUGAGAGGUUAAAAUCUGCAGUCUUCUCUCCGCCCUUUAAAUGAGAGCCUGCCGGAGAGUGGCUCCUAGACAGAGUGGCCUGCGGACUUCGACGCUUGCAGAACUCCGAGUGGAGGGACAGCGGGUUAUGAAUUUUGAUGUUGGGAGGGUACAGCCCUUCUCUAGAGUGGGCUCGUAUCCGUAGCAAACUUGUCACUAUUAAUACGUAUAUUAAUAGUCGCUUUCAGACCCACAACAGGCAGUACAUUUUUGAACGCCUCACUUCGUGAGGAUUCUGACACCAGGGAAACUGCGCCUUGGGGCACAAUUAAGGAGUAUAAAGAAGACAAAGGAGGCUGUUAUUUAUGUUCUGUCCUGAUUGAACCCAGGACCUCAGGCAUUUGAGAAAAUGAUGCAUCCUGUUGCCAGCAGUAAUCCGGCAUUCUGUGGCCCUGGCAAGCCUUCGUGUCUGAAUGAAGACGCCAUGAGAGCCUCUGACCAGUUUGACCUAUAUUCCUCCCAGCAGAGCAAAUACAGCCACUCAGUCAGCCACAAACCAAUGGUUUGUCAGAGGCAAGACCCAUUAAAUGAAACACAUUUGCAGACGACAAGUGGCAGAAGCAUAGAGAUAAAAGAUGAACUAAAGAAAAAGAAAAAUCUCAACCGAUCUGGUAAGCGUGGCCGGCCCUCGGGAACCACCAAAUCAGCAGGAUACCGGACCAGCACAGGCAGACCCCUGGGAACUACCAAAGCGGCUGGAUUUAAGACAAGUCCAGGCAGACCCUUGGGUACAACUAAAGCUGCGGGAUACAAAGUCAGCCCAGGGAGACCUCCAGGUAGCAUUAAAGCUCUAUCCCGUCUUGCCGAUCUUGGUUAUGGCUGUGGCACUGCUGCUUUUCCUUACCCUAUGAUGCAUGGCAGAGCAGUUCAUGGGGUAGAGGAAACCAGCAGUGAAGUCAAGCCACCCAAUGAGUGAGUGAGGCAGGAAAAGAAGGCCAGGUUUAGAAGGAGAUUGUGAAUAAUCCCAAAGCUUCUUGGUUUGAUUUUGACAGACAUAAUUUUAUAGCCUGGGCUUUCCAAAUUUGUUUUUCUGUUUGAGUUUUCCCCCCUGCUUUUGCUCAGAAGCUGCCAUAUGCUUUCAGAUGCACUCAGGGCAUGAGCAGUGGCAUUGUAUUUGUAUAUAGGUUCAAGUGUAAUACCUAACUAAAUCAUUUUUGCUUUUCCUUAUGAUUGUAUCUUAUGUUUCAUUACUACUUUUGGGUCAUUCUUAAUAGAUGCUUUAUGUGCUAAACAAUUGAAACCAUUAUACAUAUUAGUUUGUGAGGUAAGCCUACAAUAUAAAGAUACUCUUGAAGGUAUUUUUAACUGAUGGAGCAAACUAGUGAUUCAGGAUUACUUGAGCUAAUGGCUGGGUGAGUUUUCACAUUUUCAUGAGAUAGGAAACGGCUGUUUGCCAUUUACAUAGAUGUCAGCUGUUAAAAACUUACUUUUAAUGUUCUGAGUAUAAGCAGCUUCUUAUUUAUUGAUCUACAUGGCAUUAAUUGAUUUAACCAUUAUUCUUAAAAGAAUUCUUCAGGGUUUGCCUUUCAGCAGUAAUAGAUUAUGUAUUUUUAAGUUACUAUGAACAUAUAUACCAAACACUACAAACAGUUGAUAAUUUACAAAAAAUAAACUGUCUUAUAAAAACUGCACAUUACAUUUUUAGUGAAAUACAAUGCAUUCUGAGAAUAGCAUAUUUAAUAUAAUAGAAAAACAUUCUUAAGGUUUGCAUGUAGCUACAGUCGAUAAUUUUUGCCUAUCAUAUACUUACUGAGUUUUAAAGUAUUAUGUUAAAAACAUUUAUUAGUGUUGCUCAUUUAUUUGGAAUGUUUUUUAAUUUUUCUGAGAAAUUGUCCCAUUGCAUUAACACUUAAUUUUAGGUUUAUAUCUACCAAAGGACACAAAUGGAGUGGUAGACUGUAAAACUGGUGUAAACAGAAUGCAAUUUCCUAACUCUCGGAACCCAAAUACUAAUGUAGGAAUCCAUCUAUGCAUGAAACAUGUAAAAAGUUUUUGGUUAGUCUGAUUAAAAAACUAAUUGUGGCUCUAGGGGACCGCUUCAUCCAAAACAAAAUUUCCCCCCAAUAAUACUUACUUUAAAUAGAAAAGAGAAAAAAGAAUAUUGGGCAGAUACGUAUAUUAGGGACAGAGAAAUCUUCUCUUUCUUUCUGAAAGUAAUAUUUCUUGUUAAUGUUUUAUUCUGAGUUCUAAAAAGUACUAUAAACUUCAGAUUUGAAAAAUUUCACUGAACUUUAAAGUUACAGUGUUUGUACAUGUGAUAUUAAAUGUCUUUGAGAUUAAAAUGUAAUUUUUCAGGACCCAAAACUUUUAAAAUAAUGAAAAUUUUAAAAGGGCGCACAUAUUGUGUUGGUUGGGCUUGCUCUCAGUUAAUGCAAACUCUGCAAAUGGAUGUCAUGUUUCAUACCUUUUUUAUCAGGAAAAAAGCAGCAAGCCUUCAGGUGUUCCAGUGAUGCCUGACACAAUGAGCUGGACUUUAUGCUGCUCUUUACAGUAAGAGGUGUUGCAUUAUAUGUGGGGACUGUGUGUGCACUGGCAUCUAAGACAGUGACCUCAACAAUAUUAGCUUUGCACAAACCAUAGUGAACAAUGUUGGAUAACUACAUAAUCAGUUGUAACAUUCUGGCAGCUAAAAUGCUACAAGAGUUUCUUCUUGCAGAAGCUUAGACUAUAAAAAACUUAAUAAUUUCUCAGAACAGUGUAACUUCUGACACACACAAAUGCUUGCAUCUUUAUUCAUGUGUUCAUCUCUCCACUUCUUCUGUAUCUGUCAUUUAGCUGUUUCUCAAGAUGAUGUUCAGCAGUUGGCUGCUUAGGAAUCCUUUCUAGUUCUUAAAGACAGUUGUUUAAUUAAUUGUUCUGCCAUAGAAUAACACACCAUUGUCAAGAAUUUGGUUGCAUGUUUUACAGUGAGUUCAUUUGGCAUUGCCCUCUCGUUCAUGAUUUUGUUAAAUAUACCGUACUUCCUAUUUCUCCCCUGCCCUUCCCUACAUUCAUUCUCUUUCCCUGUCCCCCCACCCUCCAGCACAUCUACUCAGUGGUGCUGUGCUGUGUGUCAGAAGAUAAAGCAGGUGUAUUAUUGUAUAAUAAAUUUUGUAUACAUGUUUAUGAAAUGGUGAACUAAAGGAGAUAUGUUCAUCAGAGUGUUUAUUAUCAGGUGGAAAAGGGGGGAAAAUGGCUACAGUUGUGAUGGGUGACAUCGUUUAGAAAGCUGAAUUUACUGUUCAUAUGAGCAGUUACCUGGAAUAUUAGAUUUAUACACUGGUGAACAUCUCCUAAUUCCACUUAACUUUUCUCCAUGUGAACAGUUUACUGGUGCCAUGCUGAAGAGAAAGACAUAUAAGUGAUAAUAUGAAUGAAGUCUUAAAAUGCAAAAUAUUUUUACUUCUAUAUAAUCUGAAGACUAUAUUGUGCAUCUUUUGUAACACUGUCUCUUGUCAUGAUAAACACUGAAAUAGCAUGUUGAACAGUUGCUUAUAUACUUUACUCAGUUGGGGAAAACUGGCCUUUUCCUUGCACUGUAUAAUUGUUCCUUAAAAGGUAAAUCGCUAAUUUUAUACUGUGUAAUUCUGUUCUUCACAAAAUAGGUUUCACUAUUCUAUAUAAAAACUGUUGGGUCAGAAAAUGAUCUGCUAUUCAAGUAAGUUUGGUUUCCUUUUUUUUAAAAGUAUUUUAACAUGCCUUAUUUAUUGUUACCAUAUUAACAAAUAGGGUAAUACAGGUGAAAUCUUCAUUUUUUGACAGAUACAACCUUGCAUAACUAAUCUUUAGUAGGGGAUACUUUUGAUACUAUCUUUGGAGUUUUGCACUGGGUAUUAAAAAUAUACUGGCACAGUGUAUUGCAAGAAAAUAAGUAGAACCUGUAUUAAUUUUUAAUAUUUGAGGACAUUUUUUAAAUCAGUGUUUCAAUUAGACUGAAAAUUCUAUUUUUUAUUUACUUUUUGAAGAAACCUCUGUCAAAGUAUUAUUCAUUCCAAACCAGUGUUUGUGUGAAUUUACAUAUAUACUUUUAUGAAAUAAUAAUAGUGUUCCUUUGACUUAAGGAGAAAAAAAAUCUGGAUCCAUUUUUUAAGUUAAGGGUGAUACAUCCAAUGUAAGAAUAACUACUGUGUAUGAGCUAAAAUAAAUAAAUGAUCUUCUUUAUAUUCUCAGAUGCUUUAAAAAAACAGUUCAGGGGAUAUUAAAACUGUUACUCUGUCAGUCAUUGUCUAUAUGCAGUUAACUUUUAUGAUCCUUUUAUAGUAAAAUACAAGAAUUCACAACAGUUGUUGAAAACAUUUUUUCCCCCUUGGACAUAAAAAUUUUGAUGCCAUUAUGUUUUUGUUUUAUUAUAGCAUAUCUAUUUGCUCUUAAACUCUAGGAUGUAUCUAAAUCUUUUCUUUGUGUUUCCUCCAUCCUCCUAAGUAGCCACAUCUGUGCUCUCACAUAUAAUGUAUUUAAUUUUCGGAAAAUUAAAUACUAUAGUAAAUCAAGUGUGUUAUUUAAAGGAAUCAGAUCUUUGAUUCUUUGGGUUUUCAGUUUCUUUUUCCACAUACAAUUAUGGAGAAAAUAAUUACCAAUUACUGAUGAUAAGCACGCUGUCCUCUGCUGUAAAAAGUCUGAAUAGAUACUGUGUAUGUUUCUAUGUCCAUGAACUUGAGCUACUCAUGUGCAAUUAUGUAUGGGAAUGGAGUAGUGUUCAUGAUUUGUAUUUACAUCAUCAUAUGGAUGUAUAUUUAUUAAUAAAGUCAUUACUUUAAAACCAUA